AGGACAUCCGGCCGCCGGUGGUGAAACAGGUGCGCAGCGCCGGUGAGGCGAUGGAUCUGCGGGCGCCGAACGGGAGCGCGGAGGGGAACCUCAGCAUGGAAGUUACCGACCUGAACAUCAGCUGCACCAACACCUCCCUCCUGCCCCGGCCGGCAGCAAGAACCAAAGAGAUGGACUCGCUGCGGAUCCUGCUCUACUCGCUCAUCUUCCUGCUCAGCGUCUUCGGGAACCUGCUGAUCAUCGUGGUGCUGAUCCUGAACAAGCGCAUGCGGACCGUCACCAACUCCUUCCUGCUGUCGCUGGCCGUCAGCGACCUGAUGAUGGCCAUCUUCUGCAUGCCCUUCACCCUCAUCCCCAACAUCCUGGAGGACUUCAUCUUCGGCGCCGCCAUGUGCAAAAUCGUCACCUACCUGAUGGGCGUGUCGGUCAGCAUCUCCACCUUCAGCCUGGUGGCCAUCGCCAUCGAGCGCUACAGCGCCAUCUGCAACCCGCUCAAGUCGCGGGCGUGGCAGACGCGCUCGCACGCCUACCGCGUCAUCGCCGCCACCUGGGCCGUGUCGCUGCUCAUCAUGGUGCCCUACCCGGUCUUCAGCGUCAUCAAGUCCUUCCCCAAGGCCAACGGCACGGUGGGCCGCAUGUGCCGGCUGGACUGCCCCAGCCAGCAGGCCGAGCAGACCUGGUACGUGCUGCUGCUCUUCAUCCUCUUCUUCGUCCCCGGGGUGGUGAUGAUCAUCGCCUAUGGCCUGAUCUCCAGGGAGCUGUACCGAGGCAUGCAGUUCGAGCUGAGCCAGAGCAGAGAGACUGCCGGCCAGAAAAACGGCGCGAGCCGAGCCGCGGCGGAGCCGAACGACGACGACGACGGCUGCUACAUCCAGGUGUCGCGGCGGCCCGGCUCGGCCGUGGAGCUGCCCACGCUGUCGUCCUCGGCGGGCGCCGCCCAGGCCCGGACGGAGCGCGCCCGCAGCAACACGUCGGAGGCCAAGCUGCAGGCCAAGCGGCGCGUCAUCCGCAUGCUGAUGGUGAUCGUGGCGCUCUUCUUCAUCUGCUGGAUGCCGCUCUACACCGCCAACACCUGGAAGGCCUUCGACCUGCGCUCGGCCGCCAGGGCGCUGUCCGGGGCGCCCAUCUCCUUCAUCCACCUGCUGUCCUACACCUCCGCCUGCGUCAACCCCAUCAUCUACUGCUUCAUGAACACCCGCUUCCGCAAGGCCCUGCUGUCCACCUUCGCCUGCUGCUGCCGCGGCCGCCUCUGCCGCCGCUGCCUGCCGCGCCGCAGGAGGGAGGCCGGCGAGGACGGCGUCACCGCCACCUCCAUGGCCACGUCCAUGGCCACCUCCAUGUCCAAGUUCAGCUACACCACCGUCAGCACCGCCGGCACCUGA